AUGCCUCACGCCACAGAGACAUUGAACUCCUCGACUGGUAGUGCUUCUGUCUUGUCUUCAUUGCCUAUUUCAAUUCCGAACAGUCUGUACGCUCACGAUAUUUCCACGUCUUUAGAGCAGUCAGUCUCUUCCAAUUCAUAUUCGGAUUACGUGCAUAAUUCUUUGCCAUGCUCGGCUGAUGAUAAUUCAAAUGUUGGUCAUGAUCAAGAUUUAUAUUUUAGUUACUCUACGGACAGUGUCAAUUUUACUCCUUCGUCCGAUUCUCAAUUGAAAGUUCUUGAGGCUACUCAUUGUCGCGAUAAUAUAUGCUGUAACAAAGAUCAUGGAAAUUUACAUGAUCUUUUACAACAUAUUGAUUUAACCCAUCCACGACUUAAGGUCAUAGAUGGAGUAAUCUUCCCCUUUGAAACCAGUACUAUCUAUACACAAUCAGACAACGGGCUUCCAACUUUUAAUACAACUCCUAUUGGUUUCGUACACUCUUCCGUGACAAAUUCCUCCCCUCACAGUCCCUCUCAUCAUUCAAAGUCCAGUCUUAAUUUGUCAGAAGAUAUCAACUUCAAUACUUAUAUAAAUGACACUCCACCAUCAUCUAUCAUUGGGAAACAAAAAUGGUGCAGUAUCUCUCAAAACCUUGGGCAAGAAAAUGGUUCACAAGAUGAUAAAUCAUGUGAAUCUGACACCAACUUUCAUUUUCCAUAUCAGUUCUCAAUGAUGUGUGAAAAUAAAAAUGCGUUAUAUCCUUCGAGAAAUUUUAGUAUUGAUGAGCCAACAUAUGUUCGUGAAGCUUCAAAUUCCUCUUCAAUAUCUAAUAGUUAUAAUGAUGAUUCUGCCAUGUCGGGUCCUUUCCAAAUAAAUGCUGAUCAAGAUCCGUUAUUAUCUGUCCAAUCUCCUUCAAUUUCUUAUCCAUCCACUCCUGUAGAAAUGAUUGAUACUACUGAUUCUUCGACGUUUUUGCGUUCCGCAACGUCUUCGCCUACUAAUUUAGGUGAUUUUUCGACUUUCUCAGUUUUGGAUAAUCAGACAUCAAUGUUAAUUUCUUCGCCACCAUCAGCUCCUAAUAAUAUAAGUCUACAACGACCUCAAUCUAUGAUAACUAAAUCAAAUAAUACGACAAAUUCUCAUAAUUAUGGUUCAUUUAACAUUUCGGACUAUACCCCUUACGUAUCUCAGCUAAAUGGACCAUCCUCAAUUUCUCAAUCUGAUCAACGCAGGCGUUCAUCAACCACAAUUCUUAAUUCUAAUGGUUCUAAUACAAAUACAUCAACGCCUCAACAAAAUUUUAAUUCUAUGGGCAUGUCUCCAAAUAUUAAAUCUAGUAAUCAAAGAAGAUCUUCUUCAGCUACGAUUUCUAUCACGAACAUUAAUGCUGGUAAUAAUAACCAGCGAAGAGGAUCUUCCGAUUCUAAUUUGUUGAUACAACAAACUUCUUUUAUGUCAAAUUUUGUUUCAUCUCAAAGAUCUGACGCAAUUGUUGAUCCUAAUUUAUUGGUUAGUCAACGAUCUACAUAUGUUGAGAUGAAUGACUUUAUGUCGGCAAAUACCAAUUAUCUACAUGGAGAUAAUACUACACCUAAUCCUAAUAAAUCUUCGACCUAUACGUCUAUGAUUGUUCAAACUAAUUCCACUUCUACGAAAUCUAAUGAUGCACGUGGCCCUUGUAAACCUGGUUCAUUUCAAAAAGCGACCUCGCCAACCGAUAAUACUUCUAUGGGUUCAUAUUUACCUCCGGUUUCCACUACAUCGUAUCCAACUGACGGUUAUUCUAUGGUAGGGUUCGUAUCUUCUGGAUCGACAAACUCUGGAUUGGUUAGAAUUCUUCCAAAAACCAGUACUGGAAUGGUCGCAAUGGCGGACAUUUACGCUGAUCCUGCUUUAACUUCAGCUGAUGGAUUUCUUCAAGGGAAAAAAUUCCCUAAGAAAAGGAUUAUAUCAGCAGAUACAAGGUCGUGUAAACGUCGUGUUUCAAAGUCAUUGGAGACUUCUAAUAUUUCAUCAGUUACC